GAAGGACAGAGGACAAGGAGGAGGACAUAAGGAGACAAGGAGGAGGACAUAAGGAGACAAGGAGGUCAGAUGACAGAGGACCAUAACAACCAAAGAAGCAUCAUGCAGAAGAUUUUACUGCUUAUGAUGAUGUUUCACUUAGGCUGCGGGCAACUAAUGCGCAUUGUCGGGGGUGAUGAUGCUGCGAAGGGGGAGUGGCCCUGGCAGGUCAUCCUACAGAAGGACGGAUUUCCAUUAUGCGGGGGGUCCCUGGUUGCCGACUCUUGGGUGCUGACUGCGGCUCACUGCUUUGACAAGCCUGUGAACCCCUCAGAUUUUACCAUCUACCUUGGAGCGCACAAGCUCACGGACCUCCAGGACCCCAAUAUAGUGUCCAGAAGAGUAAAACAAAUCAUCAUACACCCCAAAUACUCUCCGCUGGGAUCCGGCGCAGACAUCACACUGAUGGAACUGGAGCAACCUGUCAACUUCACCACGUUCAUCCUUCCUGCGUCCCUCCCAUCAACAAACAUCGAUCUGCCAGAGGGAACCCUCUGCUGGGCAACCGGCUGGGGUCACAUUUCUGAAAAAGAACCCCUCCCCAACCCGAAGACCCUACAAGAAGUUCAGCUAGCUCUGAUUGACAACCAACACUGCCAAGCCAUGUACAGCAUUGGGCUGCCCCCCGGGACCAAAGUGAUCAAGGAAGACAUGAUGUGCGCUGGAUUCGAACAGGGCAAUAAAGACUCGUGCCAGGGAGACUCGGGUGGCCCGCUGGUGUGCAGUGCAAAUGGGGAGAGGCUGCAAUUUGGUAUUGUCAGUUGGGGUUUUGGCUGUGCAGAGCCGAAUCAUCCGGGUGUCUACACAAGGGUUCAGUAUUACAAGUCCUGGAUCCAGCAAUACAUCCCGACCGUUACAUUCAGUGAAGGAGGAGCUCCGUCACAUGCCGAUAGAAUCUUUACCAAAAGAAGGUUCCUUCGGAGUAGUGGAGACUUGAAGAUGACUUCAGAGGAACAAACGAUGAGCGGGGCUUCCAGAACUUAUGUCUGGUCCAUAGGAAAGGUUAUGUUUGUCCUCUUGUGCCUGGUGAUGUUUUAAUACUUAACUCAGCUUCUCCAUCAGAGGGGCGGCCAACCCUCAAUGAAGGUUUCCAUUAGAUAUAGUGCAAGAUUUUUACCUCAAUCCACUUAUUGGGUCCACAACCUGACUGUUCCCCUCUUUUCUUCAAAGCGUGUUUUGUCUCAACAAACCUUCACUUCCUGCCUUCUUCAAAGGGGUUCUUCAAUGAGUCGCCUGCUAGGGCUCACUUCCUUCCUGCCUUCUUCAAAGGGGUCCUUCAAUGAGUCGCCUGCUAGGGCUCACUUCCUUCCUGCCUUCUUCAAAGGGGUUCUUCAAUGAGUCGCCUGCUAGGGCUCAUUUCCUUCCUGCCUUCUUCAAAGGGG